AUGCACAUACUUGUCCACCAGGCUGCCUUGGGCCAGCACGGCCCCGAACCCAUCGUCCGGGUUCUGGGCCCCUUCGGGGGCUCAAUACCAAUAACGACAACAAAAACAAAACCAGCAGCAGCAGCAACAGCAAUAACAACAAGAGGCCGGCCGGCCGGUAAAGCCCCUACACUCUCCUCUACAUUAUCCUCCAAAUCGAGGCGAUCUAAGAUUAUGCAAGAAGCAUGCGAAAUGGGACAUGCUCACUUAUGCCACAGUCCUGAGUGUUUCAAUCCAGCACAUUUGACUGUUGGUUGUCGAGGCAGCGUCUUUUUCACUCCAACACACGGUUCUUCAUUUCACCUAUGUCCCCAGGAUAAUGGAAUGAGGUAG